CAACCCGUAUCGUAAUGAUAACAGAGUUAUCUAAAUCAUUAAAGCUACGAAUGUAUGUAUACAGUUAAUGUUCAGUUUGAGUGGAGUGCUCUUAUAAGUCGAGUAGGAUGACGACACACUUUUCAUACCCUGAACCAGCUCUACAAAAGGAGUUGAGGAGCACGGCAGAGGCUAUUGUGGCUCCAGGCAAAGGCAUCUUAGCUGUUGAUGAGACCAACGAGGGUAUCGGCAAAUUGUUAGCAGCUGUUGGCUUGGAGAACACUGAGAACAACAGGAGAAGAUACCGCCAGCUGCUUUUCACUACUCAAAACCUCUCUGAACAUGUAUCAGCGACCAUCCUCUUCGACGAGACAGUCUACCAGAAGACUGACGAUGGCACUCCAUUCAUGGAACUCCUGAAGAAGAACAACAUCAUUCCUGGAAUCAAACUGGAUCUGGAUGCAGUUCCUCUAUUUCUCUCGCAAGAUGAGGUUACAACUCAAGGACUUGACAACUUAGCAAGUCGCUGCGCAGAAUACAAGAAGCAAGGUUGCAGGUUUGCAAAAUGGCGGUGUCCACUCAGGAUUGGGGAGAACAUACCAUCAGUCCAGGCUAUCAAUGACACGGCUCAAGUCCUGGCUAGGUAUGCUGCCGUCUGCCAGAGCCAGGGCCUGGUGCCUAUUGUGGAACCUGACGUGGUUUUGGAUGGCGAUCAUGACAUCGUAAGAGAUCAGAAGGUGACAGAAACAGCGCUCGCAGCCGUGUACAAGGCGUUGAACGACCAUCAUGUUUUUCUUGAAGGAACUUUGUUGAAGCCCAAUAUGGUGACCCCAGGGCACGAUUGUCCAAAGAAGAACACUCCUCAAGAGAUAGCUGUGGCUACAGUCACGGCUUUGCUCAGAACUGUUCCAGCUGCUUUACCAGGAAUCGCCUUCCUCUCUGGUGGUUUGACCGAAGAAGAAGCAACAGUGUAUCUGAAUGCUAUCAACCAGGUGAACAUGAAAAAACCUUGGGCCCUCACCUUCAGCUACGGCAGGGCGCUGCAGGCUUCCGUGUGGAAAACCUGGGCAGGGAAAGAUGAGAACACUAAGGCUGCUCAAGCUGAACUAUUGAAAAGGACAAAGGCCAAUGGGUUAGCUUGUCAAGGAAAGUACCAAGGCGGACCUGCAUCAUCAGCUGGCACCAAGUCCAACUUUGCUGCUAAUCAUAGAUACUGAUUUGUAUAUAUCAUUAUGAAGCUUUUUUGUGUGACACAACGAACAAAAAUUAAACUAAAUUAAAAAAGUUAAAUG